AUUCGGCAACUCGGAUCCCCAAGGCCUUUUCUGGCCACAAAUGCAUCCAGCCGAGGUCUCCGGCUUGCCCCAGCCUCCCCCUGCCCUUUCCCAGCUGGGCCUGGGCUGCUCCCCUCUUCCCACCCGCCUCCAACUCGGCUUCCUCCCCGGGGGGCCGCCGGGCGCGGGUCCUGCCGAGGCGGCCAGGCUGGUGGGCGCCCGCAGGUUCGGGCCCCAGCGCCGGGGCGCGCGUGGAGCCGCCUGUUGACACAGCCGCAGGCAAUCUAGGCGGUCAAUGAUUAACCGGCCGCGCUGCCGGCACCAGGAAACCCGAGCCGCCCGCGAAAGCGGAGCCGGGCCCGACGGCGGCGGCGGGAGGCGCCGGACGCGGGAGGCGUGCAGCCCAGCUGGUCUCGCCAUGGACGCAGGAGCGGACGCGAAAGGGGGCGGCAGCCCCGAGGACGCCGGGAGCGCUGAGCGCCCCGAGCUCCCGCAGCUCCCUCGCCGCCCGCAGCUCCUGGAGGAGGACGGAGGGCCCAGCGAGGAAGCGGCCGCGGACGGAGGCAGCGCCCCGGCGCCGGAGGACACCCCCGGCGACCCCCCGGCUGAGGCCUCCGCGACGCCCCCCGCCCAGGCCCAGGCCCAGGCCGCGGGCGAAGCCCGGCAGGCGCCCAAGGCGGCGGCCGGCGGGGUCCCCAACAUCGGCUUCGUGGGCGAGCCCCCGCCCUACGCGCCGCCCGACCCCAAGGCCGCGCACCUGCUCUACCCGCCGCCCUUCCCGCAGCCCGUGCUCUUCCCGCCCGCACCCUCCGCCUCCGCCCUGUAUCCCCCGCCCGCGCCGCUCUUCCCCGCGCCCACUGCGCAGCCGCUCUUCGCGCCCUUCCCGGUGUACAACAGCCCCGUGGCCGGUGUGCCAGCCCCGGCCACGGUGGAACACAGGCCCCUGCCCAAGGACUACAUGAUGGAAUCCGUGCUGGUGACCCUCUUCUGCUGCCUGCUCACCGGGCUCAUUGCCGUCGUCUACUCCCACGAGACUCGUGCGGCCCUGGGCAGGGGGGACCUGGCCCAGGCUGAGGAGGCCUCGCGCAAGGCCCGCUCGCUUGUGCUCUUCAGCCUGCUCUUUGGGGUCUUCGUGUCCACCAGCUGGGUCAUCUACGUGGUGGUGGCCCUCUACCUGCCCUGAGGGCCGGUGGCUCCUUCGGGGACGUCAGGACACCAGGGACUCCUGACCUGGCCAAACUCUUUCUGCGGACUUGGAUCCCUGCUGGUGGCCAUCUGUCACCUAGAGGGGACCUGGGCAGGCUCAGAAGAUGGGCUUUGCAGCCCUCAGCACACUCACGGCUGGGCCUCUGCCCCUACAGGUGGCCUCAGGCAGUGUCCUAGCCCGAGGUGGCCCCAGGGCCCAGGCCCAGCUGUGCUACAGGGGCCUGAGGUCUUUCUGGAACUAUGCUGGCAGUGGCCCCAUGCCCCUGGCCUUCACUUGACCCCUGAGAGACCAGCAGAGGGGCCAGUGCCCGCACUGUCCUCAGAGCCAUCUGGAAGGACAUUGCCACCUCCGGCCUCCCCAUCGCCCAGCCCAGCCCUGGGAUCGCAGGGCAGAGCUGCUGGGCUUUCUUUCUCCCUGUUGGGGAGUUGAGAGGAGCAGCCUCCUCUCUCCUGGGUCGCUCCUGGCCAGUCGUACUGCAUCCCAGCCCCGUCCGGGGGGCCAGGCUCUCUCCUGAUGACCCCGUGUCCAGAAAGCAAGACCAUGACGUCCGGUCAGUAAACAAACAGCAACACCCUGGGCAGAGCGUCUCAUUGCUGCCUCGGGGCUGUUGCUCGCCCUGGGUCACUUUAGGGUGAGUGGGACGCAUCUGUCCACAGCUGGGCCCUGGGGCUCCCACGCCGGCCCCUCUGAGACACUGGGGUUUGCCCAGUCUGUGCAGCGCGGUGUCUGACUUGUGCACGUGGCGGUGGCGCCACUGGGUACCGAUGGUGGGAAUUUCUGUAGGGUCUUUCGCGGGCCAAAGGUGAUGAGAAAGCAAGGAAAUCCAUCUGCAUCUCGAGAGGGGGAAGGGGGGCCCCCUGGCUGAGCCGUAAAAGAUUGACAGCUCAAGUUAAAUCAGGUGCUUUCUGAGCACUAACCAGGACUGGGAGCUGAAGCAGGACGACAACCCAUCUCGGCCCUCGAAAUGCUCCAGGGGCUGGAGAGAUGGGGAUGCAGAAGUAGGUGGUGAGGAGUGAUGAUGCUUGGAGCCUGAGAGGUGGCCUCACGGUCUAGGACAUGGGGUGGCCCAGAAUUAGGAUAUCAAACCCUAAAAUGCACGAUUGCCGCGGAAAAGGAGGAAGCUGUAUUUUAGGGGUCCGUAGGUGCCAAGAAGCACUUGGUAGGCCCCAACUGCCAUAGCUCUUCCUGUUACUAAGCUCUUACCUAAAAUCAGAAUAGAAAGAAGUCAUCUAGACCAGUGUGCCUUGAACCUGAAAGUACAUUAUGAAACACCUGGGAAAUCUUAUUAAAAUGCAGAUCCUGAUUCAGUAAGUAGGACCUGAGAGCCUGCAUUUCUCAUGAGCUCCCAGGUGCCGCUGAAGCUGGUAGAUGAACCAACAGCUUAUCGUGUGUUAAGUGGGAAAUUACUAAAACCACAGUAACCAGGACCAAGCCAUGGGUGCCCCCUAGAGUCUCUGUUCAACAUUGUUUUGAGGUUCUAGCUAAUGUAAGAAACAGCAAAAUGAAAUUUGUAGUGUGAAAACUAGAAGAGACAAAAUGAUAACUCUAGCUAGAAUAUCCAAGAGUCAAUGAAAAAAUCAAAAUAAGAGAACUCAGAGAAGUGACUGGAUACAAAGUAUACAAUAGUCAAUAGCAAUAUUCAGGUAAAAGUGGAAAAACUUUAAAAUUCCACUCACAAUAGUGAUAAAAACAGUAAAACCUAGGAAUAAACUUAACAGGAAAGAUCCAGAUCCAGAUGAAGAGAAUAAUUUUAUUUUAGUUUAGUUUUUUGGAAGGCAAGCGCAUGUAUCAUAAGGUACAAGGACUCCUGGACAGCUAGUGCUCAGAAAGGCCCAAACUCCUCUAAAAAGAGCAAAGAACAAAAUAUCUGGAUAGGAAGAUGUAGUAUCAUAAAAAUAUCCAGCCUUCUUAAAUAAACAGAUUUAAUGAACUUCCAACAAGAAAGCCAAGCUUUUAAAACUGAAAAAGAUGUUUUUAAAAAUUAAUAUGGAAGGAAAAUGUGCAAAAACUGCUAAUAAUUUUUCAAAGUUUAAUGAGGGAGGACUUUCUUCACCAGAUUUUCUUUUCUUUUUUUUCCCCUUUGUGGUCCACGGGCCUCUCACUGCUGUGGCCCCUCCCGUUGUGGAGCACAGGCUCCGGACACACAGGCUCAGCGGCCAUGGCCCACGGGCCCAGCCGCUCCGCCGCAUGUGGGAUCCUCCCGGACCGGGGCAUGAACCCGCGUCCCCUGCAUCGGCAGGUGGACUCUCAACCACUGCGCCACCAGGGAAGCCCUCUUCACCAGAUUUUGAAACUUACGAUAAAGCUACAAUAAACAAGGCGCAGUAUGGCUUUGCCACAGAGAUGGAUCAGUGAAAAACAAAGUCCAGCAAACAUUCCAAGUAUAUAUGGGACAUUAAUAUCUGACCAAAAUGGCAUUUUAAUUGAGUGAGUCAGGGAGGGCCGACAGUAAGCAGAGUUGGCGCUCUGGUUGGAAAAAUAAUUCUUCUUCCCCUAUUGUAUGUAAAAAUAAAUUCCAGAUGGAUUUAAAGAGCUAGGUAGUGUGAAAUAAAGCUCUAACAAUCGUAGAUGAAAGCUUAGGAGAAUAUUUGUAUAACUUCAGGGUGUUAGGCAGGAUGGAAGGGGAGACCUCCUAACAUCUGGAAUUCCAGAUACGAGGAAGAGAUGGAGUUGAGGGCCGUGGAUAAGGGAAGUACAGACUUAAACCAGGAGAUGAUUUUUACUUAUCAGAUUGGGAAAAAAUUAGAAAGGUUGAUUCUAGAGGUGGCAAAGUCCUGACCCUCUCAUUUAUUACUGGUAGAUGUGUAUUGCUACCAUCUUUGUGGAAAGUGGGCUAAUGGUAGCUUCUAGUAAUAUGUGUACCAUAUAUUAAUAUGCAUGUAAGUGCAACGAACAGAGUCUAGAAGCAUAUAUUGCAAACUGCUGAGAGUGGCCGCCUUUGGGGAGGGACUGGGACUAGGAGGGUUUGUGCCGAAUUUUAAAAUAUGGGUGUAUUCAUGUGUAAUUAAA